CGCGCUUGUCUAGCGGCAAGGUAGCUCAGAGCAUUAUUCAAAUCUCUGUCUCCGAGCUUUUUGCAACCAUGGAUAGGUUUGGCUUACUAGCAAUUCCUAUUCUGUUGCUUUUGAGCGCAAGUCUCUACGAAUCCCAACUACUUCGCCCCCCACCUAUCAACAUAGCGGCUGGGAAACCUAUAACGGCUACAGCAACAUGUGGAGUGGGAGUCAGUGAGCCUGAACUGUACUGCAAGUUGGCGAGUGUCCCAGGCAAGUUUGGAAUCAAAGGACUGGAGUGUGAUCGCUGUAUUCCUGAUUCCUACUCCAAGGAUCAUGCUAUAAAGUACGCAGUUGAUGGAUCAGAAAAAUGGUGGCAGUCUCCACCGCUUUCAAGAGGACUCAACUAUCAGAGUGUCAAUAUAACGAUUGAUCUCAGACGGGAAUAUCAAGUUGCAUAUGUCAUCAUAAAGACUGGUAAUGCUCCUCGACCAGGUGUCUGGUCGCUUGAACGUUCUGUUGACAAUGGACGCACCUUCACACCAUGGCAACACUUUGCCACAUCGCCAAGUGAAUGCCGAAGAUACUUUGGUAUAGAGACCUUGCUUGCUCUAACGAGGGAUGAUUCUGUGAAAUGCUCUACGGAAUAUUCUAGUAUUCCACCGUUUGAGAACGGGGAGAUUCAUAUUUCAUUGGUUACAGGAAGACCUGGUGCAUCAAACUUUUCCUACAGUUCUGCAUUACAGGAAUGGACCAGAGCUACUCACCUUCGUCUGCGACUGAUGAGAGUCAAGACUCUUUUAACAGAUCUUCUUCCUCUGGCCAGGGAGGAUCCUACUGUUACGCGUCGGUACUUUUAUUCCAUCAAGGACAUUUCUGUUGGUGCUAUUUGCAUGUGUAAUGGCCAUGCUGAUCAGUGCGUGGAGUCUCAGAGAGGCUCAGCAGUUGAGUUUGUUUGCCGCUGCAAGCACAACACAUGCGGUGCGCGAUGUGAGAAAUGUUGUCCUUCGUUUGUGCAGAAAAGGUGGAGGCCAGGAGCACCAACUAGUAGCAAUGAAUGUGAAGCUUGUAACUGCCAUCAACAUUCAUCAGAAUGUUAUUAUGACCCAGUUGUUGCCGAGACCAAAAGAAGCCUUGAUUUGAACAAUCGGUAUGAAGGAGGUGGAGUCUGUGUCAAUUGCCAACACAACACAGUUGGAAUUAACUGUGAAAGAUGUAAACAAGGAUACUAUAAUCCUACUGGAAUACCCAAGACCGCUCGGGAUGCUUGCAGACCUUGUAACUGUGAUCCAAAAUACUCUACUGGUCGCUGUUACGAUGGCAGUGGUGACUGUGAAUGCAAACCCAAAUAUGGUGGAGCGCGUUGUGACAGAUGCAGAGAAGGCUUCUAUGGAUUCCCAGACUGUAGACCCUGUGAUUGUAAUCCUGCUGGCACCACUGGACGAGUCUGUGGACCUACAGGAAACCAGUGCCCUUGUAAGCCAAACUUUGCUGGUAACAAGUGUGACAGCUGUGCACCUGGUUACUUUGGAUACCCUCAAUGCCAACGCUGUAACUGCGAUAAUUAUGGUUCCUAUGAUAGCUAUUGUGAAUCUACAACUGGUCAGUGCCGCUGCCGACRAACCUACCAAGGCAGACAGUGUAAUCAGUGUAACAGGGGUUUCUACAGCUUUCCUGAAUGCAAGCCUUGUAACUGCGAUUCAGAAGGCACUGCCCCUGGCAUUUGUGAUCCAGUAUUUGGUCGCUGUAUCUGCUUGAAGAACUUCGCUGGUGCUCGUUGUGAUCAGUGUAACGAUGGCUACUACAGAUUUCCUGAGUGCACAGCUUGUGGCUGCUCUGAAGAAGGCUCUGUCACCCCACGCUGUGACGCCAGAGGUAUCUGCACUUGUAAGGACAACUACAUCGGCACCAAAUGCUUAAACUGCAAGCUUGGUUACUAUGACUACCCAAGGUGUAUCAAGUGUGCAUGCGACCCACGAGGUGCGGUCCAUGAAUUUUGUGACCUGAAUACUGGUCAGUGUACGUGUAAAAGAGAUUACAGAGGGCUGAACUGCAACCAGUGCAGUGCGGGAAACUAUGGGUUUCCCAACUGUAGACGAUGUCAGUGUAACCCAGCUGGUAUUAAACCAAUCAGUGGACGACCAUUUGGAGAUUGUUCUUAUUCUAAUGAUGGUCAAUGUGAUUGCAAAGACAACGUCCAAGGUCUGGUCUGUGGCGAGUGUAAGCCUGGGUUCCAUAAUCUUCGUGGUGACAACCCAAGGGGCUGUGAUGCGUGCUAUUGUGACUUGGCAGGGGUAGUGGCGGGAAUUGCCAACUGUGAUGACAAAAAUGGACAGUGUACAUGCAAACAGCACGUGACAGGCACGAGGUGUAACACGUGCAAAGUUGGGUACUUUGGACUUGAAGAGAAAAGGGAAUUUGGCUGCACAGGGUGUAACUGUGACGUGGGUGGAUCGUAUGACCAAGUGUGUGACGCUAAGACUGGUCAGUGUAAAUGCAGACCUCAUGUCGAAGGUCUUGACUGUAGCAGGCCAAUCAAAGAAUACUACUAUCCAGAUCUACUUCAUGUCAAGGCAGAGGUAGAAGAUGGCUGUGUCCCUGCUCCAGCUAAUGGCGUGCAAGGUCGUGACGUACCCGGUCUAUUCCAGUCAGAUCCCGCCAGGCAAGGAGAUGAUAAUGCUAACUGUAAUCCUGUGCGAUAUGGCUUUGACGAGGCGAUCUAUCCCGGUUUCUCGUGGAAAGGAUAUGUUGGCUUCAACGCUUUGCAGAAAGAAGUCAAGAUCACCUUGGAAGUCCCAAGGACAGGCCGCUACCACAUUGUGUUUAACUACGCCCUAAACCACAGCAACCCCGUCAAGGGAGAAAUUUCACUCAGUCCACGUGGUCAGGGAUCAAAGCAAAGCAGUGCUGUUACAUUUGGUUCUACUCAAGUUGGAUCGACUUAUGUCAGCGGGUUUGCUACAGCAGGAGAACCAGGACAACCAUCUCAGUUUAUGUUGACACAGGGGACUUGGGAUUUGACAUUUAAAGUACCCCCCUCUAAGCUUCUUGUUGAUUACAUCUCAGCAAUCCCUCAAGAAUACUACGAGGCGUACAUCCUCCAACGUAAAGUAAACAACCCGUGUAUAGUGAAUAGCCAAGACCCGCUGUGUGUUCAGUACUCGUAUAUCAACACCAUCAGACCUGACUUCCCUACUGUCGAACUGGAGACAGGAUACAUCAUUACACGACAAGGAAGACAACAGACUCAUGUGUUUGACGACAAGAAAGUAUUGAAACAACUGGACUUCAACGCUAUGGCUUAUCUGGACAGAACCCAAACUCGUGUAACAGAAGACGUGAACCUUCCCAAGGUAGGAGACUAUGUACUCGUCAUGCAAUACUACCAUCCUUCGGACCAAACCAAGACGCUAGACGUGUACCUCCGAUCAAGACGCAGCCAGCAGAAAGGAACCUUUUAUCUUCACAGCUGUCGCUUUAAGUUUGGCUGUCGGCAGGUUGCUUUGGAUAAAGACAGGAGACUAAAGAUAUUCAAGGCCAAUGAAAUCGAGCGACGCGUUAUAACUCUUCUGAUAGAUUCUGAUACAUCUGUAGCUGUGGACUCCAUCACCGCUAUUCCACUUGAACAAUGGAAUCUAGACUACGUAGUUCCCAGGCCUCUCUGCACCACCAAGAAUAAUAAAUGUAUUUCCACAUCGUACCCGAUCCCUAAAGGUGCUGUCGAGUAUGACGUCGCUGCAGACGGAAGUAAACCGCCUCCUAAUAUAUUGGACCCUAGAACCACUCUCAAGUAUUUAGAAGGCCAGACCUCGUACAGUAUCAGUAAACUGAAGACGGGCAACUACACCAUCGUAGUCCAUUACUAUCAGCCAAAACAUGUGACCUUCAUGUCUGAAGCCACCGUAACCAGCGAUAAAAAGAUAUCUGGGCAAGUCCAAUUUGAUUAUUGCCCUAAUGUUGAAGGCUGCCGAGCCGUUGUACAAAAGAAAAAUGACAGGACGAAUGCGUUCGAUAUCGGCAGGCCAUCGGGAGAGUUCCAGAUGGAAAUUCCACGGGGAUCCUCGGCUUGGAUAGACUAUGUUCUCUUCAUUCCACGAGACAAGUUUUCUCAAGAGGUAGCUGAUCCAAACCCCGUUUCCUUCUCCAAGGAUUUUGUCGUGGACUGUGCUAAGGACAGUUUCUUUAUCAAGCCCUCUGCUUCAUCCAUUUGCACUAAGCCUGUCUUCUCACUUGUUACGGCAUUUAACGAUGGGACAUUCCCUUGUGAGUGUGACGCCCAAGGAGCUGUAGACAGUGAAUGUAGCAAGUUUGGUGGUCAGUGUCGCUGUAAACAAAACGUCAUUGGUCGCAAGUGCAACAGGUGUAAGACUGGUUACUAUGGUUUCCCAAACUGUUACAAAUGCCAAUGUGUCUUCUGUAACGAGGUGACGGGAGCAUGUGAUUGUCCUACCAACACCGUUGGACGCAACUGUGAGGUCUGCCUCAAGGGGACCUACGGAUAUGACCCCAUCUUGGGCUGUCAGGACUGCAAGUGUGACGUGUCUGGUGUUAUUGGUGGUGAUGUUGCUUGUGAUCCAGUCACGGGAAAAUGUCCCUGUAAGCCCUCACACACAGGUCGCCGAUGUAAUCAAUGUGUACCUGGUCGCUAUGGUUACCCGUACUGUGAUAAAUGCGACUGCGAUAACCGGGGUGUGGUCAGUGAUGUAUGUGAUGCUAAAGGAACUUGUCUUUGUAAGGCUGGUGUAAUAGGAAGGCGUUGUGAUACAUGUGCAGCGGGCUACUAUAACCUCGAUGCCAAGAACCCUAAUGGUUGUACAUCGUGCUGGUGCUCAGGAUUGUCUAAGAUAUGUUCAAGCUCCAUUCUUAAAAGAUUCGCUAUCAGACAAAUGGAUGGCUGGCGCAUAGAAAAUACUCCUGCUCAGGUAAUCAAGAGUGCCCUGACCACAGUAAUGGUGUCUGUAGCUGGCAAGAGAACAAACCCAGGCAAACCCAUCUACUGGAUGGCACCAGACAAGUACACAGGAAAACAGAUUUAUUCAUAUGGAGGUAGUCUAACUUACUUACUAAGGUAUACAGUACCAGUAGAGGUGACUACGCCAGUCCUGACUACCUAUCCUGAUGUUAUCAUCAGAGGGAAAAAUGGAGUAGAAAUGACCUACAAAAAACAAAUGACGCUCCAACCGAACAGAGUCCACAAGAUACAAGCACACUUCAAUGAGUCCUUGUGGUCUGUUGCUAACAACAGUCGAUCAAGCCGUGCAGACUUCAUGUCUAUCUUAGCAGACAUUGAGUCAGUCAGGCUGCGUGCUUCUUACAGCACUGCUGUAGCUGACACAACCAUUUCUGACGUGCUCAUGGAAUCUGCUUUAGAAUCGAGUGUCGGUGAAAUCGCAAACGAAGUCGAAAAGUGCGUCUGUCCAGCCAAGGCUUCUGGUACCUCUUGCGAGUUUUGUGGUAAAGGAUAUACACGUGGUGCCGACAACAGGACCUGUGUCACAUGUCAGUGUAAUGGUCACUCUAAUGACUGUCAUCCAGAAACUGGCGAAUGUUAUGGCUGUCUCCACAAAACAACAGGCGAUCGCUGUCAGACCUGCGUCAAAGGAUACUAUGGCAACGGUACCAAAGGAACCCCAAACGACUGCCAACUUUGUAAAUGUCCUUUGGGGAUCUCUUCCAACAGCUUUGCAUCUGAAUGCGCCGUCGAUAUCAAUGGCCAGCUGACAUGCGUAUGCAACACGGGCUACACAGGACUUCAGUGCGACCAGUGCGCAGACGGUUACUAUGGAGACCCAACUGUGCCUGGUGACUACUGCAAGCCGUGCAAGUGUAAUGACAACAUAGAUCCUCAAGCUCCAGGCAGCUGCGAUCCUUUUACCGGAGUGUGCACCAAAUGCAUCAACAAAGCUGCCGGAGAUAACUGUGAGCGUUGUCGGGAUGGUUACUAUGGAGAUGCUGUGGUUGCUAAGAACUGUCAAAAGUGCAAGUGCAGUGCGUGCGGAGCUAUGACGUCAUUGUGUAAUUAUGCGUCCGGGGCGUGUAUGUGUAAGAACAAUGUGAUGGGUGAACGAUGUGACACGUGUAAGGCCAACACAUGGAACUUCGACAGUUGUCUCGGAUGUGAAGACUGUAACUGCGCCAACGCGUCUCUAGGAGCGUCGUGUGAUGUCAAGACCGGUCAGUGUAUCUGUAAACCAGGAGCAAUCGGUAGGAGAUGUGAACGAUGUCAGGCAGGAUUCUGGAACUACCAAGUUGAUGGAUGCCAAGCUUGCAACUGUCCUAAAGAUGCGGCCAAUCUGUGGGGAUUCUGUGAUGUCAACACAGGACAGUGUUGUAAACGCGGUGGAAACUGCACCAUUUGUCCACCUAACCAUAUCCUGACACCCAGCGGUUGUGAAUUCUGCGGGGAGUGUGUUGGACGACUGCUGGAUGUUGCGCAAGGGUUAGACGAGAAUAUCACCACUGUGUUGAAUCGUCUAAAGAAGGGCGCAGCGGGACAGAUUGCACAAGCCAAGUAUAAAGACCUCAACGAUACUCUCAAUAAGCUUAUUCCACCAACUAACAAGUAUAGUAAUACUAUGGAAUCGAUGUCUGUUAUAGUUGGAGUAUCAAUCGUCAAUGGCACAGCCAAUCCCCGACCGUUGGCACGGUAUCCGCUGGACAAAAGGACAGGAGGGAAAGAUAUCAGUAACCGGGGACUUGUUGAUGCACAACUGUCUAAUACUGAUUGGGUAGAUGGUCCUGAUGGACCUGAGUCUGCGGUACAGCUACAGGGAAAUCAAAACAGCUUCAUCCAAGUGAAGAACGACGGAAAACUACACUCCAAGAGGUCCUCGUCGAUUCUCCUGUGGGUGAAACAUGAAGGCAUGGUAGGCCCUAUAAUGCACUUUGGCCUCAACAAAGCAAGGAUUUGGGUGAUUGAAAACGACGUCAUUGAAGCGUGCUUUACAGUUGGUCGAUUUCCAAACUGUCGAAAAAGCCAGAGUAUGACUAGGAACAAAUGGAUUCACCUGGCAAUGGUUUAUGAUUAUGAAGCAGGAAUGAUUGAAUUUCGGGUUGAUGAUCAACUGGUACAACGAACCCCCCUGAACUCAAAGUUACCCCUUGCUACCGAUUCUAAGGAAGUGCGAAUGGGUGCUGUGCCUAAUGUGGAUGAUUUCUUCAGUGGUGCUGUGGCUUGUCUUCAGAUAUUCGAUCAACCACUAAACGCGCAACAGAUAUCUGUGUUAAAGAAAGCCUGUCAUCCAGAUUUCGUCCAGCCAGUACCAGGUCCAGAUAAAUCCUUGUUGGAAAGAACCAGUGAAAGCGAGACCAAGACCAACACAAUGCAAGACCAAGCGUCUAUGGUCCAUAAGGGUGCCAAGGAGUCUUCUAAGAAUGCAACUAAAACCAAGACAGAUGCUUUGAUUCUGGAGCAGGACAUUCGUGACGCUCUCAACAGAUCGCGCAGUAUUAUCAACUUGUCUGGCAACAUCGUCGAGAAACUGCAAACAGGUACUGCAAACCAAACCAUGUUACUAGAAGAAGCAGAGCGAAUCCUCAAAGAACUUCAGAACAGAGACUUCACAUCCUUAAACAACACCGUCAAUCAAGAGCUGAGCUUUAUCGAGUCAGUAUCUGACAAUGCCAAGAUGCUGCUAAAUGAGACUCUUGGUCUCCACAACGAGGCCCAGAGGGCUAGGGAAAUGAUCGCUAAGCUGAAAGGAGAGUUUAAUGGGCUGUUGGAUAAGAUUUUAGGAAUCCUGAAGAACGUCAGCAUGGCAGAACAGUGGAACGAGAAAAGCAAGAAAUAUGAUUCAAUGACUCCAAUCAUGAAAGCAAAGGCUAAAAAGAAACAAAUGGAAAACUCUCUGAAGAUGGUUCAAGAAAUUUUAGGCCGGGCCUCGUCCAGUCUAAUGAACGCUACCAGAAAUUUUGAGCACUUUAAUGGUAGCUUCGGAAGACUAGAUGAUCUGAUUCGUCAAGUCUACGACAGGUUCAAGAACUUAACCAUGGCAAUCGAUAUGCUCCACCCUUUAGCAGCUAAAGCGUCCAAUCAUUCCGAAGUUCUUAGAAAACAGGCCAAGAUUCUGGAAGAUCUCCUGACAGACACCCAACAGUUUGCUGAGAAAGCAAUCAACGCUUCAAAGGCGUAUGCAAACAUUGCAUUGAAACUCAACGAAGCGCUGGCAAUUGCUAGGCAAGCUGAGGGAAACGCAACCGAAGCCCAGGAGCAGUCGAAAGCCGUCAACUCCCGAGCAGAAGCCACGAACGCCGAAAGUCAAAAACUGGCUAACUCUUCCUCCUCGGUCAAAGACAGAGUUGACAAUCAUUUGCAGAAACUACUGGAUAAUUUAAAGGAUCGCAUUGCGCAGCUAAAAAAGAAAAUCACAUCAGUGGAAGAAGAUCUAGGGAUGAUAAACAACACCUUUGAUGACAUAGAUAAAUAUGGAGACAUGGGUGCAAAGGCAAAAAGUGCUCAACAAAAUGCCACUGAUUCUGAAAUGAUGGCAGAUGAUGCUUACAGAAUCGCUAAGGAUAUUGAGGGUCAGCUGCCUGGACUGAAAGAACUCCAGAACUCGAUCGUUGCAGCAAACAGGAACAUCUCCGAGGCUGAAGAUCAAGUAAUGGAUGCUUUGAACAAGUCAAUGCACAUUAAGGAAAGCAUCCGGAUUGUGCGCAUUAAUCAAACCAGGAUUCUUAAGGAGUUGAAAGAUAAUGUCUUGGAUGUAAUAGAAGAAAUUCAGGAUAUGCUGAGUGAUUCCCGGGAGCUGCUUAACAAGAUGUCUGUGGUGAUGGACUUCACAAAUGAAACCGUUUCUAAUCAUCUUGCACCUCCUGUCUCUCGAGACUUCUCCACAAUAAAAGACAUCGAGCUGUUUAUCAAGCCACGACUCACUGAUGCCCUGCUUUUGUACCUUGGCCCAACUUUGUUUACCAAGAAAAGGAUAAUACGACAAGCUGAUCAAAUGUGUGAAAAUGACUUCGUUUCUCUAGAAUUGAAAGCUUCUAAGGUUCGAGCUGUGACGUGUGUGUCUGGAAAACUUGUGACCCUUGACAGCACGGARGAGAUUAAAAUCGUUAAACCUGGUACCACAACUACUAUCAAACCACCUCCAGAUCAGCUAGCUAAGCCUGUCUUGGACCCUUGGUACAAGAUUCACUUCAAUAUGUCUGGCAAUACCUUUAUACUAAACUUUGAACACUAUGAAAGCAACAAGAAGCCAAUCAAAAAGAUUAAACCUUCAAUAAAAAAGAUUGACUUGCCCAACCCUGUGUUGCGCAUUGACAAGGACAACAACUUCCUGUUGGUUGGUGGGAUACCGAGUGGCGUCAAAGUCCCACCCAACAUCAACAUGAAUAAAUAUCAAGGACCUAUGGAUGGACUGAGGAUCGACUUUCUUCCCGUUGGACUGUGGAAUGCAGAGAAACUCGUCUCCCCGACUGUAUUUUACGAUCGCUUGGCCUUCAAACCCAAAGAAGAACUCAACACAUACAGAUUCAAUGGCCACGGUUACCUGAAAGUCGGCCCCUACAGAACAAGUCAGUUGAGUAGAGUCUCUUUUACGUUCAAGACCGCCGAAUCACGUGGUCUCCUCCUGCUCGCCGUCAGAGACAAUAGGCCUGAAGUAUUCAUGAUGAUGGAUAUCGUCGACUCCACCUUCAGGUUUAUGUAUAACCAAGGUAGAGGGAUACGCAUGUUGAUGGCCUCCACACCCUGCAGUGAUGGUCAGGAUCACGAGGUGUCACUGCUAGAAGACCUAGACACUCGUCAACACUUUACACUGAAGUUUGACAGUGAAAUAUUAGCCAAUAGGAAACGAUAUUAUGAUACUGGAGGUGCUGAUUUAGUGUCUGCUAAAUAUAUUUACUUCGGUGGUAGAGAGAGGGGCAACAAGACGGAGAAACCCACGCCUGUCGGGGUGAACUUUGAUAAAAUAGUGGACUUUAGCGGCUGUAUUGCUAAUCCUACAAUAGCAACAGUCCUAAGAGAAGAUAUCAGUUCAGUUGGUUUUGAAAAAACAUGUUUACCUCGGCCUGUACGAUACCUAACCUUACUAGCGCCCGACAGCUAUCUUAUCAUGGAUGGUUUGGGAAUCGCCGAUUCGGAAUCUCCGUCUUUUACCUUGAGCAUCUCUUUUCGCACCAAACAGAAAACUGGUAUCUUCCUGCACCAGGCUAACGACGAUUUCUUGAGCCUUGGAAUGAUUGAAGGCAGAGUUGUGUUGAGGGCAGACACUGGUAUGGCUCCCAAGACCCUAGAAACUGACCUAUCAAACUACAACGAUGGCACUUGGCACCAUGUGUUCGUUGUCAAGAGAGGAAUUGAAAUAUCCCUAAAUGUUGGAUACGAGCACAAGAAAGCUGAAUUCGAUCUCAUACAUCAGUCGAUUCAAACUGGAGGUAACCCACUCUAUGUCGGUGGAUUCCCCAAGGGCUACGAUGAUAGAAAGCAAAAUGACUUCUUCUCUGGAAUGAAACCUAACUUGGCUGGUACAACUCUACGAGACUUGGUCUUCAUGGGAGAAAUUAAAAGCUUUAUUAAUUACCGAAGGAAGAUGAACGUUAUUUUCGAUGAAGAGGACUUCCCAUUACCUCGCCCUAGAGACCUUAUUAUCCCUAAAGAACCGACCACGCCUCCUAUAGAUGACCCGACCGAUAAGUCUACGACUACCGAACCGACCACAAUGGAACCAACUACAGUGGAACCGACCACAAUAGAACCGACCACGAUGGAGCCGACAACAAUGGAACCAACCACAAUGGAGCCGACCACAAUGGAACCGACCACCAUGGAGCCAACCACAAUGGAACCGACCACAAUGGAACCAACCACAAUGGAACCAACCACAAUGGAACCAACCACAAUGGAACCAACCACAAUGGAACCAACCACAAUGGAACCGACCACAAUGGAACCGACCACAAUGGAACCGACCACAAUGGAACCGACCACAAUGGAACCAACCACAAUGGAACCGACCACUAUGGAACCAACUACAAUGGCCACCACACCUACUAUAACAGCAGGAUGUUUUUCUGGUCCCGCACUAGCCACGGAUAACUCUAUCAUGAGUUUUAGUGACGAUCCUAACAGCUUUGCUAAGUACGAAAAGGUUUCAAAGGACCCGGUUAUGAAGAAAGUCGUAGGAUCAAGGACCAAGAUAUCUCUGGAGUUCCGUGCCCUUGGUCAAGAUGGUAUCAUAUAUUAUGCAGGUAGUGGUGUGCGACAGGCAGACUUUCUUACUUGUUAUCUACUGUCUGGUAAAGUCAAGUGCCAGUUCAGUGCUGGUAGUGGUAUAGCGGUUCUUGUUUCGACCAAGACCUACAAUGAUAUGAAAUGGCAUACUCUUCUUUUCACCCGCAAGUUAAAACAGGGAACCCUGAAGAUUAAUAACGAAAAGGUCGCGCAAGCUACAGCCACUGGGGGCUCCAGUAUGGUAGAUGGACUGUCAGACUUCUACCUAGGGGGAGUACCCAAGGGAUAUGACACUAAACGUAUUCAGGAGAGACAGGCCGCAGUCAGUUUCCCUGGUUGUAUUCGUAAUUUCGUGGUUUCAUCCAAAGAUCCUGGUGCUCCCGCUGAUGUGCUCGGUGUCGUAGGUUGUGCCACCAAUAAUCUCGAAUCUGGUUCGUUCUUUGAUGGAGGAUUCAUUACACUAGUUGAAACGUUCCGUGUUGGUUUAAAGAAGACACUAAUGCUGGAGAUUAAGCCACGAGUGGAUACAGCUACUAUCUUUUCUUCCAUUAACAAAGGAGGGGAUUUCUUGAUCCUGGAGCUUGUGCAAGGAGACUUGAUUCUUCGAGUGGAAAACGGCAAUGGUGCUUUCGAAGUGAUCUACUCUCCUAGCGACAAGAAAGAGUUGUGCGAUGGUCAGUGGCAUCGCAUUAGGAUUGUCAAGGAUAGGAACACAGCGUCCCUAGAAGUAGACAGCAAUGGCCCGACUAAAGUCAAGGGAAAAGGAUCUCUGAGCAACACCGAUGUGAAAGACCCACUCUACGUAGGUGGAGUACCAGAUGGAUUUACCCACAAGGCAAUGAAAACAACUGCUCGUUUCAAGGGAUGUAUUCGAGGGUUCCUGGAUGGUGACAAGGAGAUUCCUCUCUCCCGUCCUGUUGAAAAAUUUGGUGAACUCUUUGUCAGUGGCUGUCCUGCAGUGUAGUCUUAAAGGGUGGGACUGACAUCAUUAGAUAAGUGAUUUUUUCCAAACUAAAGCAUGUUGUUUGACCAGACUCUAGAACUUCUUCAUGUAAGGUAAUCCAGAAUUAGAUUUAUAACAUUUAGUAAUGAAAGUCCUAGCAGGGACCACGAUAUACUUGUUAUUCUGGCAUGCUUUACAUGAAAAGAAAUGCUAGUAAAAUAUAAAAAUGUUAAUCUUUACUUUAACGGUAGUCAUUAUUUUACGUUGUCAAUAAAGGUUGAAGUUUUAGGCUCAAA